ACGAUGUCACCACCCACCGAUGGCGUUGCGCUAUACAAAAUCAGAAAUGAUAAAAGUUCCAUGUACGCCACCUUGGUAGAUAACACACCUCACCAAUUCAUCACUCAGUCUCACGACAUGGGGUCUGAGAGUCAAAUUUGGCAGGUCUCUUAUGACGCAGAAACUGGAAUUGCGACGAUCAAGAAUCUAGCGACCGGGAAUUAUGCUACGGUCGAUGACCUGACCUACUAUGUCGUCGGUGACACAAUUCCACGGGAGUUCGAGUUAUAUGAUGUAACGGGAGAAGGCUCCAAUUUUAUCAUCAACUUGAAAAACUCUGACAGAGUGUGGCAUACCAGUGGCACAAGUGAAGGGGACAAGCUCUGGGUUAAAAUUUAUUAUGACUCGACCGAUCCGGCUGAUUUGUGGAGUUUCGUAUUGCAGCCAGGGGUUGUGUCGGAAGGGGAGGGCACACCACCGCUUUGAUGAUGUCCCCGAGUGAAAGCUUGCUUAUGAUCGAUUAGCUUACAGUCGUAAUGUAUGGAAGAAACGUUGUGUAUAUACUUAGGAUGACCGUGACGUCUGUCCACGCAACAUCUAUGAAUGUGCUAGAUUGAUGAAACGAGUGACCAGCCCGGGAUAGCUCUGAAAGUGAUCAAUACAAGAAGCCGGCAUCGGGAGAAUGAAAAGCGAACGUAUCGUGGAGGAGGAUGGUUGG